CCGGGGAUCACGCCCCCUCCCGGGCCGGGCUUUCGCAGUCGAAGCGGAGCAGCUGGCGGAGCGGAUCUGUUGAGCCAGCAGGGACAGGAACGGGCGGGAUUAUUCUAGAUGGCCCAGCGGCUCAACUAUUGCUGGCUGAGCCCGUCGUCGUAGCCCUCGCACCGUCUGCUCCACACCCAUUACGGUCCCUCCGGCCGGUGAGUGAACCGAGGCCCGCAGCGGUGAGGUCGGUCGCCAGGGGUGAGGGUGAAGAUCAGUCAGCUGUGCCGUCGAAGCCCGGCAGAACCGAGGUCAGCCAUGUCAUCUGAGCCUCCUCCGCCACCACAGCCCCCCACCCACCAGGCCUCCGCUGGGCUGCUGGACACCCAGCGGGCCCGAGAGCGCUCACCGUCCCCCCUUCGGGGCAACGUGGUCCCCAGCCCGCUGCCCACCCGCCGGACGAGGACCUUCUCAGCGACCGUGCGGGCCUCGCAGGGCCCCGUCUGCAGAGGAGUCUGCAAAUGCUUCUGUCGCUCCAAGGGCCACGGCUUCAUUACCCCGGCCGACGGCGGCCCCGACAUCUUCCUGCACAUCUCCGACGUGGAAGGGGAGUACGUCCCGGUGGAAGGCGACCAGGUCACCUAUAAGAUGUGCUCCAUCCCACCCAAGAACGAGAAGCUGCAGGCCGUCGAGGUUGUCAUCACCCAUUUGGCACCAGGCACCAAACACGAAACCUGGUCCGGCCACGUCGUCAGCUUGUAGGAGAGGCCAGAAGCACCCCUUCUCCCGGGCUUGUGGGAGACUCUGGGGGAGAGGGGGGCAGGACUGACCUGGACACGACAUGCAGCUGCUUCACAGUGGGCAGCACGGGGCCUUCCAAGUGUCUCCGGGUGGGAGGGGUGUGGGGAGCAGGUGCCGGGGUGCCCUCGGCCACCAGCACAGCCUCUGACCUCAGCCACCUCUCACCAUCUGAAAAGCAUUAAAAAGCAUUGAAAAAGGAGAGGUGCCCCCUAGUGGCUGAGUGGAGGGGCCAACCCCAGCCCAUGGGGUGGUAGGUCAUUGGGGUUUCCCCAGCUACCCAGAGGGGGCUCGGCCCAGAGUUCCCUGACCCCUGGGUGGGGGCUGGAAAUCCCCACAUGGGGCCCGCUGUGGGGCGAUGCGGAGCCUGCGGUUCCCUGGGAGGAACUCCCGCCCGGUGUCCCCGCUUCUUGUGUCGCCUUGCCCCUGGGCAGAGCAGCAGGCUCUUCUGAUUCUUGGCCUGGGUGGUCAGGGGCCUGGGGCCUGGGGAGAGUGGGGUCCUCUGGGGCCUUUGAAGUGGGAGGUGUCACAGUGGGUGUCUCGGGAGGAGCGGUCUCCCUGGGGCGCUGGGCCCCCUGCCCAGGCAGGCACAGCUCAGAGCUGAGUUCUGGCUCCGGGAAGCCUGGUCUUUUCCAUUGCCUGCAAGUUGAGUAAUCACGGCCCAGCGGCCAUUUCCCGUCCCUGGUCAUUUAGGCGGUGGGCGAGGUGGGAGAAGGGACAGCCUUUGUAGAAAAACAGACCCUUCUCUGGAUCUACCCAGAAAAGUUAGGUAGCUCGCUUCUCCAUAGCCAAAAGUUGAAGGAGAAACACACCUUUACUUGAGGGAUUUUUCUUGGAAACGAGUGUUAGAAAAUGCUUAAGAUUAAAAAAAAAUUUUUUUUUAGUAACUAAAGCUCUCACCCCAGAGCCCCUCUGUCGGCACUUGGCUGCCGACCUUGUGAACUGUUGUAGAUAUUCCCAGUAAACAGAUCCUGAGGAUUUUCUUUGCUGUGGUUUAGCCUGGCUUUCGUCGUGAUUUAAAAAUAGAAAUAGCUGGGUAAUAUAUUUUUGGAAUUCGUGGCCUACAGGUGGUCAAGACCCUGAUCGUCAGUGCAGGGAAGUGACCCCUUACAGCUGACUUUUAGGCAGACGACGAUGACCGGAGGAGGGAGGACUCGACGCAGGAGGCAGUAAGGGCCUCACCAAGUGACUUCAUUCCGUGGAUGUGUUUGUCUUUCAGCCCAGCAACUGCUUCAUCAGACAGAAGGCUAGAACCUUGUGCUGGUCUAGUGGCGUGGUUUUAUAAUAGGCAGAUUAGUGCUUUGAUUACGUUAGCGUGAAACCUUGCAGUGAAGUAAGCUUAUCUGCGCUUUUUCCCCGGCCUGUUGUGCUUCUUGAAGGGUAGCUCUUGCUUCUGAAGCCUUCUGCUGGGUCUGUGGUGGCCUUUUCCACCCCAGCCCUGGGUGAUCCCCGGGAGCCCCUAGAGGCCUCUGUUGGGUACAGACCACUCUUCCCAGAGCCUCUUCUGCCAAGACACAUGCAGGCCUGGAGGCUGUGCCUUCUCCCUACUGCCCCGGGUGCCCCAUGGCCUUGUCCGGACCUUGUACGUGGUCCGAGCCAGACAGUGGAUUGGGAGGUGCCCUGGAGUCUCUUGCUCUGUGCAGUCCUUUAUAAACGACUCUUGCUCUGAGCUCCCUGUGUACCCCCAUCUUUUUCGGUCUCCUCGUAUAUUCUAGGAUGUUAGAGCUGGAAGGGGACGCCCUCUCCACUCCAACAGAGUUAGAAUUUACAGAAACUCCUCCAGGCUCUGGGAGGACGGCUGGUGUCGGUGACAGAGCUGGGAGUAGCAUCCGGGAAUCUUCUUUCUCUCAAUAAAGUUCGUUUUGUGCAAGGCUG